ACUAGAACGACAAAUGGAAAAGAGCUGAUUGGUAACAAUCGACUUGUUAAAGAUCGGUGGAGUUAGACCGACCACCUUGGGGGAAAAAAGCAAACUAGGUAACUAGCUAUGCUCCCCAAGUCCAAAGUCCAUACUUGGAAUGUCCAUCCGAGCAGAACCAUUUAUUUAUUGGUAUUCAUCAGUAAAGGUUGUUGGACAAAAGGGCGUGUCCAAAUAGCGAGAUCGCAAGCUAACGAGUCAUCAAAUCCCGAAUGAUGCAACUUGCUUGAACCUUUUGAUUUUGGUUUUGGAACUUCCGCGGCGAUGAAUCAGAUCGAUCUAGUUAGUUAUCAAGCACCGACAUGGAUAACUAGUGUAGCAUAGCAUCAGCCACAGAUCUUCAAUCAAGCCCCACCAAAAACCUUCAAUUCAAUCCUCCAUCAUUCAAUUCAAUUCAUCGCAUCCAAAACGAUCACGACCCUCCCUCCCGUCCAAAAAAAAAAAUACCUAUUAGUUAACUAGCAGAUCCUCACCCGCCCGCAACGCCGGCGCAUCCCCACACCACACACAAUGGCGAAGAAACCCAAGUCCCGUCUAAUCCCCGUGCGCCUGCUAUCCAUGGCCAUGACCGGCUUCUUCUACACCUUCUCGCGCCCACGAACGUCACGGCCCAUGAGCAUGUUGAAAUACGAUCCCGUCGUGCGGAAAAAGGUCCUUUUCCUCGAGCAGAAGCGCAAGGGGAAGUAGUCCGCCCGCGUACGCACCUAGCCAUCCAUACCUACUUAUCGUCUUCGAACCCCCUUCCAGUUCUGGGGCUAUCUAUGGUUUGAUGGGGGCCAACAAACAACCUCUUAACGGACACAGAGAACCACCGCGAGUUGUUUGCUACAGAGCGCUUUUCUCAGUUUAUAUGAAGGAGCUGCUCUGAAGACCCUGUGUAGAUGCUAUCAGGGCCGUAUAUAAAUAUAUACAACUGUAUCAUACUCAACGAAAUCUAGACCACGAUGAGAAGCUAAGAAUUCACGGCGCAUCAGGCAACGUAUAUCAAUAAACAUAAAAAUUAUAUAUUAGUCCAUACCUAUGCAUACUCA